UGACUCUCGUGUUUUUUUUUUUCACCAACAACUCCUCUCUGUUGUUUAUUGAGCAACAUAAUCCGAGCACUUUUACAGCUGCUCGCUCUCAGCGACGUCUGGGCCUUUUCCGCGACUCUCUCACAGACGCGUCCCCGCUUUUGUGUGACAUAUUCCGGCGUGGACUCGCGCCGCCUCUCCCUGGUUCUUCCUCGGCCGGAGCUCAUCGGGAUCAUGGACCCAGCGAGCCGAUACCAAAUGCUUCACAAUGAGGACGACUCUUCAGAGACGCAGCAGCAGCAGCAGCAGCAGCAGGCUGCAACUACCAACCACGACCAGGGCGACGCCCACAUGAGCAUGGCCGCUGCCUCCUCCUCUUCAUCAUCAUCAUCAUCAGGUGAAGCAUCAGGGUGGACGAGCCGCGGUGAUGCAGAUGCUCCUCCUCCAUACGCGUUCAUCGACCUGGGAGCAACGGCUGCUGCUGACACCAGUGUGGGCGGAGCCUUCCCUGUGCCUCCGCCCUACAGCGUGGCCACGUCUCUGCCCACGUAUGAUGAAGCAGAGAAAGCUAAAGCCGCCGCCAUGGCUGCCUCCAGUGUGGAUGUGACGCCCAGGGAUGAUGAAUUCACACCCAGAGAUGAUUUCAGUGAUGCUGAUCAGCUGCGAGUUGGAAACGAUGGAAUCUUCAUGCUGGCAUUUUUCAUGGCCUUCUUGUUCAACUGGAUCGGGUUCUGCUUGUCCUUCUGUUUGACCAACACCAUCGCGGGACGCUACGGCGCCAUCUGUGGCUUUGGCCUCUCGCUCAUCAAGUGGAUCCUCAUCGUCAGGUUCUCCGAUUACUUCACCGGUUACUUCAACGGUCAGUACUGGCUGUGGUGGAUCUUCCUGCUGCUCGGUCUGCUGCUCUUCUUCAGAGGGUUUGUUAAUUAUCUGAAGGUCCGCAACAUGUCGGAGAACAUGGCCACGUCUCAGAGGACGCGCCUCUUCUUCCUCUACUAAAGGUUUCCACAUCUUCAUCAUCGUCAUGGUCAUUCCACUCCAGUGUGAACUUCCUUCCUGAAGAGACGAGAGGAAGGAAGGAAGGAAGGAGGGAAGGAAGGAAGGAGAAAAAACAAACUGUGAUUGACACUAACAUUUUCCGUCCCUUCGUCAUUCUCCUUCCAAAUUCAAAUCUUAAAUCACAAACAUUAUUGGGAAAAGAAAACUUGCGAUUUUAGUUCUUGAGCACUUUAAACUCCAUCACUGACUAUAAUGAUUAAACAGGGGUUCCCAAACACUGGGAUGGGACCCACAGAUGGGUCACGGGAGAAUUUGUCGGGGUCCCAAACGUCGGUCACGCAUCUAAAUAUAUUUAUACUGUAAAGAAACCACAAAAACUUGUUUUAUCAAAGAAAGAAAUCGGACGCCAUUUAUCACCACAAGGUGGCAGCACCACCAGAGCAUUUUACAUUUAACAACUAUACUUUGAAAGUUUCCAACUUUGUCUUUGAAUGCAUCGUCGUCUUUUUUAGAAGAAUUCAAAGAUGUGUAAAUCCACACUAAUCUCAGCUGUAAUCUCAGCUCACUAACAGUUGGAUUAAGCUCCAAAAACCUGCGAUAAAACAACACUAAACGCACGUGUCGACGUCGGUGCCGCCGCGUGACGUUUACUCGCUUUGAA